CUAGAGUCCUAGACUAGAUCUUUCUACAUCUUUUAUCAGUUUCUGAGUGUUUUUCCAUUACUGGCCAGGUGUCAAAGGUGUCACAAUCACAUUAAUUAGCUUUCAGGCUAAAAAUUAAAGAAUAAAGUGGAAGUCUCAAAACUCUGGGGUAUCAUAGUAUAGUAUCUAGAUCUAAUAAAUAUAAUUAAUACUAAUUAUUAAUACUAGACAGUAAUAUCUAUUUUAAAAUCUGUCUAUAUAUAGAGUAAACUGACAUCUAUUAAACAAGUAAAAGCUAAGUUGCCAACAUUUUUUAUGUUUGAAUUUGUGUAUCUCCAUAAAAAUUAGACCUAGGAAAAAACUGUUAGCCUAAGUUUUGUCUAAGACUAAGACCCUAUGGUAGAUAUAUGGAAUAAUAUGGUAAAUAUGGGACCCUUUGUCAGUGCUAUAUUAUAUAUUUCUUGUGGCCUAAUCUAUAAGCUGUAUGAGCUUGUAAAUUAUGUUUUAUGACUACGUGUUAAAUACGCUUGGUGUUGGUGACCUAAUUGGCACCUUGACCGAUGGAACCUGUCAAUUAAUAAUUUGCUCCUUCCCCUUUCCCCGCAAUAUUGUUCUCACUAUAGUGUUGGUGACCUUAUUGGCACCUUGACCGAUGGAACCUGUCAAUUAAUAAUUGGCUCCUUCCCCUUUCCCCGCAAUAUUGUUCUCACUAUAGUAACAAUGUUUUCAUACUGUGAUGAUGUGCCUGUAUGUUGCUUUUCUCAGUGAAAUGUUAAUUAAUUUAAUAUCUGCAAUGGCAGCAUUUAAUACUUCAAUAUCAUGCAGAAUACCUUGCUUAUGCCGAUGACAUUGCCUUAUUGGGUAAAGAAACCUCUGACAUCGCUAGAGCCUUCAUACAACUAGAAGAAGCAUCUCGACCAGCAGGACUUGAGGUCAAUGACAGUAAAACCAAGUACAUCACAAUGACAAGAGACAAUCAAACAGAGGGACAAAAUAUCAAAAUCAAAGACCACGAAUUUGAAAACGUCCAAACUUUCAAAUAUCUAGGAAGUACUAUUAAUUUCAAAAAUGACCUACUAACAGAAAUAAAGGAAAGAAUAGCAGCAGGCAACAGGGCAUUUUAUAGCACCCACCAUCUACUUAAGAGCAAAAUGAUUUCAAGUAAAACCAAGAAAAUAAUAUACAAAACUAUAAUAAGACCAGCAGCAAUGUAUGGAAGUGAGACCUGGACACUGACAAAGACAUCUGAAAAUUUACUUAACACUUGGGAAAGAAAAAUCCUUAGGAAAAUCUAUCGUGCCAUACAGGAUGAAACAGGGUGGAGGACACGCACUAACCAUGAGUUAUAUCAAUUAUAUGAAGACCCACCAAUAGUGAACGAAAUAAAAAAGAACAGACUACGUUGGGCAGGUCACCUUGAAAGAAUGUCAGACAACAGAGGGGCGAAAAUCGUAUACAGACAAAAACCAAAAGGCAGGCGACUCAAAGGCAGACCCUGAAUGCGAUGGAUAGAUGACGUGGAAGCAGAUCUGAAGCAGCUUGGGGCUAGGGCGUGGAGACGAAAGGCCCAGGAGAGAUCUGAAUGGAAGGAUGUGUUAAAGCAGGCCAGAGCCCUCCAUGAGCUGUAGCGCCACUGGGAUGGAUGGAUGAUCAUGCAGAAUCCAAAAUAUAGGCCUACAUCCAGCAUUUAAUCAAAUUGUGUUGACAUUUGAAGAACUAAGUUUAAUUCAAACUAGACAGACACAGACAUCUGAAGAACUGAUUCAAAGAAGAUUUAAAGAUGGAUGACAUAAAACAAGACUUUACCAGCGAUCUAAAAAAUGUCAUAAAAAUUGAGAUGUUAGAAUCAUCUAUUGACCCAGAGACACAGACAUCUGAAGACCAAAUUCUAAUAUCAUCCAUGAUGACAGACACAGAGCAAGACUUCACCAAUGAUCUCAAAAAUGUCAUGAAAAUAGAAAAGUUAGAAUCUUCCUUACAUUCAGAGACACUGGAAAUUACAUCCACUGGUCAAACUUUUGAAGAAUUUUUAGCUGAAGGAAAAGAAAGACAGAAACAAAUGGUGAAUUGGAAUGAAGAAAAUAUUUUAAUGCAAGACAUGCAUGCGAGAAACACUCCUAACAAAGAUUACUCUGCAGAGAACUCAAAAAGUGAAGCACACAACUGUUCUUAUAACAAUAGAAACCAGCAGCUGGUGUUUGCAGAAAAAAAAAAUGAUCAAUUUCAAAGAAGUAUAGAAAUAUUCUCUACUUUAUCAAAAAUAUGUAAUAAGAUUUAUUCAGGUAAAAAGUUAUUUAAAUGUAAAAUUUGUCAGAAAGAAUUCAAUCAUUCAUCUAAUUUAAAACGCCAUGAAAUAAUACAUACUGGUAAAAAGCCAUUUAAAUGCAAAAUUUGUCCGAAAGAAUUCGCUCAGCGAUCUAGUCUAAAAUACCAUGAGAAUAAUCAUUCUGGUAAAAAAAUAUUGAAAUUUAAAUGCAAAAUUUGUCAGAAAGAAUUCACUCAGUCAUCUAGUUUAAAACGCCAUGAAAUUAUACAUACUGAUAAAAAGCCAUUUAAAUGCAAAAUUUGUCAGAAAGAAUUCACUCAGCCAUCUGGUUUAAAAUUGCAUGAAGUUUUACAUUCUGGUAAAAAGCCAUUUAAAUGCAAAAUUUGUCAGAAAGAAUUCACUCAGCCAUCUAAUUUAAAACGCCAUGAAAUAAUACAUACUGUUAAAAAGCCAUUUAAAUGCAAAAUUUGUCAGAAAGAAUUUGCUUAGCGAUCUAGUCUAAAAUACCAUGAGAAUAAUCAUUCUGGUAAAAAAAUAUUGAAAUUUAAAUGCAAAAUUUGUCAGAAAGAAUUCACUCAGUCAUCUAGUUUAAACCGCCAUGAAAAAACACAUACUGGUAAAAAGCCAUUUAAAUGCAAAAUUUGUCAUAAAGAAUUCACUCAGUCAUCUAAUUUAAAAGGCCAUGAAAUUAUACAUACUGGUAAAAAGCUAUUUAAAUGCAAAAUUUGUCAGAAAGAAUUCACUCGGUCAUCUGGUUUAAAAGGCCAUGAAAUUAUACAUACUGGUAAAAAGCCAUUUAAAUGCAAAAUUUGUCAGAAAGAAUUUGCUCAGCAAUUUAGUUUAAAACGCCAUGAAAUAAAACAUACUGAUAAAAAACCAUUGAAAUGCAAAAUUUGUCAGAAAGAAUUCUAUCGGUCAUCUAUUUUUAAAAGCCAUGAAAUAAAACAUACUGAUAAAAGACCAUUGAAAUGCAAAAUUUGUCAGAAAGAAUACAAUCAUCCUUCUAGCCUAAAAUGGCAUGAAAUAAUACAUACUGAUAAAAGCCAUUUAAAUGCGAAAUUUGUCAGAAAGAAUUCACUCAGCCAUCUGGUUUAAAAUUGCAUGAAGUUUUACAUUCUGGUAAAAAGCCAUUUAAAUGCAAAAUUUGUCAGAAAGAAUUCACUCAGUCAAGUAGUUUGAAAAACAUGAAAUAAAACAUAUGAAAAUCCAUUGAAGUGGCAAAAUUUACCAAGUCCUCUUACUUAAAAAGCCAUGAAAUAAUUGAUUCUGGUAUAAAAAAAACACAUUUCAAUGUAAAAUUUGUAAACAAAAAAAUUCACUUAUUCCUUUAGCGUAAAAUGCAAUGAAACCAUGUACCUUUAAUUUAUCACACUUUCGAUGGUUUUGCAGAUGCAGCUUGUUAGUGCUAUUGGGCAACAGUUAGCUGGGUCAGACCCAUCUCUUCUCAGUUUAGGUACUUCAUUGAAAUAAUGGUUUGUUUUAGUCUUCAUUGUUCUCUGAUCUGAAAUCAAUGUCUUUCCUUCAUGAUUUUGAAAUUCUGGCAUGUAGUGUUCAGUGGAUGAUUUAUUGGCUACUGAUAAUGUAAGGCAGACCCCCCCCCCCCCCCAUCAGAGUACUAACCAAUACGGACUGGGGAGCUGACAGAGAUACCUUGCUGCUGCUAUAUCGGAGUCUAUUCCAAUCAAAGUUAGAUUAUGGAUCCAUAUUAUUUGGAGCAGUUAGUAAAUCAUACCUAAAAAUGCUGGUGCCCAUACAAAAUGCUGCUCUGUGUCUCUGUCUCAGCACGUUUCCUACAUGACAUGACAAGGAGAACAUACUGUUCAUUGCAUAAAAGAUCCACAAUGCAUUGCACCAAAAGAAACAAAACAUCAGCAUAUUUAAAAAGUAAAUCUUUGGCGUAGAGAGCUAAGUUGUUUAAAUUGGCUUGCAAGCAUUCUCAAAAACUGAAACAUUCAAGAAUACAGAGUUCAAUGUUCAAAUGGAAAUUAAAGAAGAGAUGAUAUUAAAUAAAUAUGAAAAGGAAAUAUCUAAAUUUAAUAAAAUAACUCAAAUCACAGCCAUUGUAAAAAAAAAAUGUGGUGGUCCUUAUUGAAGUUCUGAUGACUUUGAUUUACUCUGUCAAACUAUUAAAGAAAAUAAAUUGUUAAAAGAUUUAAGCAAUUAAAUUAGAUUACACAAACUACUAAACAAAACUACAAAGUUACCUUUGAAAGGUGGUAUUAACCAUUUAAAAGAUCUAUUGAAAAGUAGCUUAUCACAAAAACAACAAAACACUGACUAAUGUGUGUAUGUGUCCGGGCUCAACGUUGUUGCCUUUCUGAUCAUUUCAUUGGAUACUAAUAUGCAUCCAUAAAUUGUUGACUGCUUUAAUUUGUUUAUAAAAUGUGUAUUGCUUUUGAUAUGAUAGAAUAUUUCAGUCUCUAUAGUUGAAAUAUUAAGAUAUUUUAAUUUUUUUAUACAUCUUUAUAAACACUGCUUUGAAAUACUUCUUAGCAUCAAAAAAUAGAGUAACUUUUUUUUUUAAUCAAAGCAUGGACAUCGGUCAACUGUGUGAGCAAAAUAUUAUAACUGUCAUUACAGUUGUUGACAUUGUGCGUCCAAUCGAACUUUGUUCUUUUUUAAUGAAAUAGUAUACCAUGAUGUGUUUUAAUUUAUAUGCAUUGAUAAAUUGUUUUAUAGUAGUGUAUUUGUGAAGAAAUAAAGAUGGCCUACAUUUUGACAUAAAAUA